AUGACAGACUAUAAGCCAAGUAGUUCAGUGACGAAGCGUAACUUGACAAUGUCGAGUCAUUUCACAGAUGCUGACAGUAUGUUGGAGGAUGAGUCAGAUUACAGGGAGAUUUAUGUCAACAGCAACGUUACAGUAGAACAUCAUCAACAUUCACCGCCACCUGGAGGCAGCGAGAGGAGGACUGACGGGUCAGAGGUCAUCGUUCUGGGUUACCAUUUCGACAGAGUGGUGUUGGUGACGCACUUCAACAUAUUCUUGUAUUCCUGUGCAUUCUGGAUCCAGCAGGCAGUAGUUCCAUAUUUGUCAAAAGAACUUGGAGCUGACCCAGUCAUAUUCGGCUACCUUCAAACUUCAUUUGCUGUAGUACAACUGGCAGGAGGGCCUCUUUUUGGCCGAUUUGGAGACCUGUUUGGAAGCCGACUGGCCAUGAUGUUGGCCUUUGCUGCUUCAGCCUUGUCCUACUUUUUAUUAUCUGUGUCAACGAACCUGCCACUGCUGUUCUUGUCCCGUCUACCAUCUGUCUUCAUGCAUGCCAUGCAAGGUGGACAGAUGAUUGUAACUGACAUAAGCAGCUCAGAGAAACGAGCAGACGCUAUCGGAAAACUGGGAAUAUCCUAUGGGAUAGGGAUGGUCAUUGGACCGGUCAUUGGUGGCCUGCUGGCCAGGAUGUUCAGUCUGGACAAAGCUGCCAUUGUUGCCUGCCUGCUGUCGAUCAUCAGCAUCUUGAUCACCUACAUCUGUGUGCCUGUCGUCACAAAGAGAGCCAUCGCCAAAGAUCAUGAGCAGAAUGUGUUCAAUGUCAGAAAGAUCUCCCAGCUGUUGAUGGCACCAGGUGCCAUGUUUCUGUUGUGCAUUAAGCUGGCUACAGGUGUUCCCAUUGGAAUAUUCCAGAGCAUGUUUAGCAUUGUUGCCUUGGAUACGUUUAAGCUGUCCGCUGAGCACAACAGCUACAUCAUGUCAUACAUUGGGGUCAUGGCCAUGCUGGUACAAGGUGUGGGUAUUGGAAUCGUCACCAAGAAACUGUCUGAGCUCAACAUUCUAUUUGGGUCAGCCUGCAUACUUGUGGUUGGCUAUCUGUUGUUGUCACUUGUCACCACAAUCUGGCAGAUGUGCUUGGUCUUCAUCCCCCUGAUCAUGGGCCUAACCUUCCAGAAUGUCCUCACAACCAGUGCCCUGACUCACACUGUCAGUGACAGCGAUACAGGAGCCAUGCUUGGACUAAGUAUGGCAGUGAAUUCAUUCAUUCGUUCCCUGUCUCCCACAGUCGGCGGAUACAUGCUUCGAGAGUUUGGGUUCAAGUCCUUUGGCUAUUUAGGAUUUAUUACCAGUAGUCUUGUUGUAGUUGUUUUGUUUGUGAAGAAACAGAAUGAGAACCAUUGA